AUGGAAUCUCGCAGAAAAUUCUUUGGGGAACAGCGAAGAUCCGGCUCCAACAACCGAGCUGGAAGGCACUGUUUCGAUCAACUUGACCACCUCAGGCAGCCCCUGGGGCGUGCAUAUGGAGAAAGUCACUUGGGGGGGGGGGAGUCGACAGAGCUUGGACUGACCAGUGCAAUCUGCACCGAUCCACACAUUGCGGCACAAUACUUCAUUCUCAGCUUACCAACGCGACUGGAUGUGGCGAUUGCAGCGAACAUCCGCCGCGAGGCAUAUAUCCACCCACCAACGCCAUGGCUCCUGUGA